UUCCAGGCGCCGUCAAACGAAAAAGAAUAAGCGGAAGCGGAGUGACGGAAGCAGUUGAAGCAACGAAGAAGAAAAAUAAGCCGUGUCGAUGUUUUGUUGUUAGCUUCGCAAACCUCACAGCACCACUCGCUCCCGCAGAGCGCGAUGACUCGCCACGGAAAGAACUGCACGGCCGGAGCGGUGUACACGUACCACGAGAAGAGGAAGGAUACCGCGGCGUCUGGUUACGGGACUCAGAGCAUUCGGCUGGGCAAAGACGCCAUCAAAGACUUUGACUGCUGCUGUCUGUCCCUGCAGACCUGUCAGGAUCCUGUGAUGACUCCCGACGGAUUCCUGUAUGAAAAACAGGCCAUUCUUGAAUACAUUUUGCACCAGAAAACCGAAACUGCCAAGAAACUGAAGGCUUAUGAGAAGCAGAAGCAGGCGCAGAAGAGCAGCAGCCGACUGGAGUCCAAGUCAGAAGAAAGAGAGAAAGUGGAGAGGUUUAAGACGCGGGAGAACAGCAUUGUGUCCAAACCCAUCAACCCAUUCACAUCCGGACUAAACCAGGGAGGAGAGACGGGCCGGACAGACAGCAGCUCGGCACAGUCCUCCUCCUCCUCCUCCUCUUCCUCCUCCUCCUCUGCUGCUUCCGUGGCCUCAUCCAGCCAGAGCCUGCCCAGCUUCUGGAUCCCCUCUCUGACCCCACAGUCCAAGCCCACCCUGCUCAAGAAACCAAGUAAGACCGUGUUGUGUCCCAUGUCAGGAAGACCCAUCAAGAUGAAUGAGCUCAUCCCAGUGCGCUUCACCCCCCUGGACCCCGGCCUGGAUCGAGUGGCCCUGCUCACCCGACAGGACAGAUAUGUGUGCGCAGUGACCAGAGACAUCCUGGGUAACAGUGUCCCCUGUGCCGUCCUGCGGCCCUCGGGGACCGUCGUCACUCUGGAGUGUGUGGAGAAGCUGAUCAAGAAGGACAUGAUGGACCCCGUGUCCGGAGACAAACUGUCCGACAGGGACAUCAUUCCAAUGCAGAGGGGCGGAACCGGCUUCUCUGCGUCUGGAGUCGACCUCCGCGCCAAAGAAGCGCGUCCAGUGAUGCAAGUGUGAGACGGAGGACGGCGUUCGCCCACCUCCCCCGCCCUGCUCCUCGCUGCCCUUUGUUGUAUUGUUUCUGUUGCCUUCUGGCUUCUCGCUGUAAAGUCGCUUUCCUCCUGAACUACAUUCAUAGAGCACGAGACUUUCCUCCACAACUCACCCUGUCCCCGUUUUUAUAGAAACACCAACAUAUCCCAGCGCUCUACGUAAGAGUACGAUCCAAUAGAAGGAUCGCUCAUUGCUUCAUGUGAUCCGAGUGCAGUCAAAGGAUGGAUCUCACGGGGUCUGCUUCACCCGAUCCUCCAUCCUUUCUAACUGAUGUCUGGAUGGUCGGGCCAGAGCGGUCUCACCACUUACUUCCUGUUUUAGGCAUCAAACUGCAGAAGUUUUGUCAGCAUCUCUUUUUUUGAUGUAUUUGACCAUUAUUUAGACAAAGGUUAGUACAAGUGAUGUUAGUGGUUCAGGAUCAUUUAAAGUUGUUUUCAUUAAACCACAAACUUAUGGAAA